UUAAAGUCACUCGUACAUGUUCAUAGAGAACUAGUUCCUGUUAAGGCUCAAGUGUGUCAUCCUUGUUUUUGCAUCUACGGUAGAGUCGAGAUGGUGCGUCGUGGAGCGUUUGGAUUCCUCCUGCUAUUUCUGCUCCAUCCAGCUUCGGGGAUUGACAAUCUCAAUAAAAUCAUCAACCAGCUUCAUAACGCCUAUGGAGGUAACAAUCAGUAUGCCUUGGGCAUCAAUGUCCCAGUUCAAUUCUGUAAUGAAAAUGCUGAUCUCAAGAACUUCCUUCCAAAUGAUAAUGCACAGCAAGUCAAAAAUGAAAUGAAUGGACGUGAUCGAAUUUACAAAGGUGACCAGCUGAUUGGUGCAAAACCAAAAAAAAUUGGGGCUACAACAAACAAUUAUCACACUGAGUAUCUGUUGCUGAUUAAGUCCAUGUCUGAAAGAUUGAGCAAAUUCGACCCACUCAUGCAAACCCUCCUAAAUUCAAAUCCUGCUGGUUGCACGAUUUUCUUCACUUUGAACUCCCCCUGUGUAAAAACCUGCUCAACACCUAAUGGACGCUACAGCAUCAUACCAGCACUUAAGAUGUUCAAAAAUCGCGGGGGUCCAAAAGCUUUUGUUUUUAAAGAUCUUUGGGAUGAAGGUGAUAAUCGAUGGGAAAAUAAUAUAAAGGAAAUAGAAGCUUCCAUUCCUGUCUAUCGCUGUGUUGCAAAUCAAUGUACUCGCUGUGUCAAUGGAAAUCAAGUUAAUCAAAGAUGCCUGCGCAAUAAUUAACAUGGCUGAGCUACUUCCUCUGUAACAUGCUUUCCGAUGCCGCUUUCAUCAAGUAACUGCGUUUUUGCCUAAAAUUAUUACAGAAACUAGCCAGAAUUGUUAACGAAAAACAAAGUACCUUUAUGAAACCUUUUUGCUUACAUUUCCAUUGCUCAAUAAAAGCCCAGAUUCGCA